AUGGAGGCAGGACCAAACCGUGGCUGCUGUGCACUCCCUGGCAUCCUGAGCUUUCGGGAGAUCUGGAAUCGUAGUUUCUGCAGGCCUCUGGAGCAGCUGGUGGACGUCAUUACCGAGUUCCCCAACGAGGUGGAGUACAUUUUCAGACCCUCCUGCGUCUCCCUGCAGCGCUGUGGGGGCUGCUGUGGGGAUGAGGGUCUCCUCUGUGUCCCUGUGGAGACAAGCACAGUCACCAUGCAGCUUCUGAAGAUAAAACCAAAUGGGGAGGCACCCUACGUGGAGAUGGAGUUCACCGAGCACAAGAAGUGUGAGUGCAGGCCUCGGCAGGACCUCAUGAGGCUGGGCAGGAGGAGGUCCAAGGGCCGAGGUAAGAGAAGACAAGUCAAGAGGAGACGUAAAGACUGUGAACUGUAA